AUGAAUAAAAUCCUAGAUGAAAAAGUUAAAGGCUACAUACAAUACAAUGAUAGAAUCAUUCAAGUAAAAUUUCAAACAAAACCAAAGAACACAAUAGUAGUUCAGGUGUAUAUGCCAACAACAAAUAGUAGCGAGGAAAAUCUGAUAGUAAUAGGUAACUGGAAUGCCAUUGUGGGGGAAGAAAAUGUAAAACAUUUAACAGGUGAUUAUGGUUUAGGAAACCGAAACGAUAGAGGAGAGCGGUUAUUAGAAUUUUGUGCAAAAUAUAAAUUAAUAGUCAUAAACGUCUGUUUUAACCAUCAUAAGAGAAGAAACUACACUUGGAAAAUACCUGGAAACAUAAUAGGUCUCAAAUAGACUAUAUAAUGGUAAAAAAUUGAUUUAGGAAUCAAGUAAAAGAAAGUAGAAGUUACUCAGGUGCGGCCAUAAAUAGCGAUCACAACCUUGUUAUGAUGAAGUGUAAUCUUAAAUUUAAAAGAAUAAUGUGUAAGAAGAAAAUGGUACAAUGGCAAGUUAAAAACCUAAGAGAUGAAAAAUCAAAGAAUCAAUACAGUGAAUACAUAAAUGAUGUGACUAUUAAAGAAUACCUAGGAACCCAAAAUAUUGAAGAAAGAUGGCAGAGCUUGACAAUCACAAAAACAGCAGCAAAAAACUUUGGGACAUAAAAACAAUAUAGCAAGAAAGGACUGGAUUACAGCCGAAAUUGUGAACUUGAUAGAGGAAAGAAGAAAAUAUAAAAAUUUGAACAGUACCAAAGUCCAGAAAAGAUAUAGAGCAUUGACGAAUCUAGUUAUUAGGGAAUCAAAAGAAGCAAAAGAAAAGUACCUGGAAGAAAAUUGUAGUGAUAUCGAAACCCUUAUAAAAACAGGAGGAAGGGAAGAAGCAUAUAAAAUGGUGAAAAAGUUCUUUGGCCAGUAUUAGCCCAGAGCCGGAGGAAUAGAAGAUAAUAAUGAGAAACAUGUGUGAAUAAAAAGAUAUUGCCAAAAGAUGGAAAGAAUAUUUAGAAAUACUGUAUGAGGGAGAAACACUUAAAGAAAUCGAAUUAAACGAAGAAGAGAAAACUGAAGAAGAAGAAUAUGAAAAGGAUCCAGUCAUGGGGGAGGAGUUCGAUAAAGCAUUGAAGAAUCUGAAGAACAAAAGGGCAGCGGGAACUGAUGGAAUACAAGCGGAGCUUUGGAAGGAGCCAGGAAAGAAAUUUAAAAACAGAUUAUUUCAAAUCAUCAAAGAUAUAUAUGCCGCUGGCGAAAUGUCAAAGGAUUACGUAAAUAGCAUAAUUAUCCCCAUUCCAAAGAAAGCAGCAGCAAAGAAAUGUGAGGAAUUCCGUACCAUAAGCCUCCUAUCACAUGCAUCAAAAAUACUAACAGAGAUUAUAUUCCAACGUAUUGAAUCCAAGAUAGAACAAUCAUUGACGGAGGACCAAUUCGGUUUCAGAAAAAAUAUGGGAACGAGAGAAGCAAUACUUCCAUUGAGAAUAAUAAAAUUGAUCAUAGAAGGAAGCAUAGAGGGUAAGAACCAUAGGGGAAGACCAAGAUUAGAGUAUAUUCAACAAAUAAUUAAAGACCAAGGAUGCAAUUCAUACAUAGAAAUGAAAAGGAAAGUGGAUGAUAGAAAAGAAUGGAAAAUGGCUGCAAACUAA